UCUACAGCCUCCCAGUUCCUGAUCCAGGCGCGAAACACUCAAAACGGUGCGUUUCUUGUACGAGUCUCGGACUCGAGGAAUCGUGGUCUUUAAUUUACUAAAAAACCCCUAGCAUCUUCGAGUCAUCGACGAUUUGAUUGUGUUCCCUUUUGGCCCACUGUCCUUGCCUUGGCCUCCUACGGCGAAUCGUCUCGCUUGCAUUCGAAUCUUGAGAGCAGGAAUUGGAAAGAAAGAAUCAUUUGAGCAAGAUCUCUCCGUUUUCUCUCCCGUCAUUCUCACCAUGUCUCAGGUUGAUAACAGAAAUUCUUCAGCAGCCAAGCGUGCUAGAACUGAUGGAAGUCGUAGGGAAGAUGAUUGGACCUGCCCUAGCUGUGGGAAUGUCAAUUUUUCAUUCAGAACAACUUGCAAUAUGCGUAAUUGCACUCAACCAAGGCCUGCUGAUCAUAACUCAAAAUCUGCUGCCAAGCCUGUGCAAGCUCCACAGGGCUACACAUCCUCAGCUCCUUAUAUAGGUUCAGGUGCACCAUCUUCAAUGUAUCUGGGUGUGCCACCCUAUGGUUCUUCUCUUUUCAAUGGGUCGUCUAUUCAUCCAUACGAUGUACCAUAUUCUGGUGGUUCAGCAUACUACAACUAUGGCAGCCGCCUUUCUGCUGGCAGUCCUUUCAGACCUCUACAUAUGUCUGGACCAACACCUUACUCAAGUGGAUCUAUGAUGGGAAAUGGUGGGAUGUAUGGUAUGCCCCCUCUGAUGGAUCGUUAUGGCCUGGGUAUGCCUAUUGGCCCUGGCACCAUGGGACCAAGGCCAGGAUUUUUUCCAGAGGAUAAUUCCCAAAAGAAAGGUGCAGAUGCAACACGUGAUAAUGAUUGGACAUGUCCGAAAUGUGGAAAUAUCAACUUUUCAUUUAGAACGGUUUGUAACAUGAGAAAGUGCAACACACCAAAGCCUGGAUCCCAAGCCCCUAAAUCUGACAAGAAUUCUAAACAAAAGAUGCCCGAGGGAAGCUGGAAGUGUGAGAAAUGUAAUAACAUAAAUUAUCCAUUUAGAACCAAGUGCAAUAGACAGAAUUGUGGGGCUGACAAACCAGUUGAUUCAAGCAAGUCCCCUUCACCAACGCCAGAUGAAAAUAACCAGUGAGUACUAGGACAUGUUUGAGGGUUGAGAAGGUCCAGAGUUGUCGUCCAGCAUUGCUCAAUAUGGGUGUCUGAAAGUCAGUCUUGUCGUCCUCAUGUUGCUGCGGUUGUCGAGUUACUCUACGUUCUCAUGAUCUGUGUCAGGUUGUAUUAACUGCAAUGGUAUUUGUGGUCUCUAUGAAUGGUUCUUGAUGGAUUGUGUCAGCCAGUUUGAUCUGGGCAAGGAUUUACAGGUUGGUUCUGGUUUCUGUAGUUAGGAUUUGUAACUUUUCGAAUCAGCUCAUUUAUCCCAGUGGGCAUGUUAGAUAAGUUAUCAGCGGUCAGAAUUUGUUGCCUGAAUAUUAAGUCAGAUGUUUCAGUUAAA